ACUUGGAAUGUAGAAUCUGACAUUUUUUCUUUUCCUAACAAGAUAGUACAUCUGGAAGAUACGUUUUAGUUUUCGGCAAAAAGCUUUUGGAAGCCACUGUAAUAAUGGAUCCUCCAAGAAGACAUCUUAAGAAACUGAAAAAGAGGAGGUCAAGUCUUUUUGCAAGUGUCAAACUUAAUUCUAGCUUUUCACAUAGCAUAGAAGAGGAAGACAGGGCGUUUCCUUUUUCACAGGAAAGCUCCGUGAAGCCAUGGACGUCGAUGGACAACCUUGAUACUCCAUCACCUCCAACAAAAGACAAAAAGGAUAAAAAAAAGGCGAAAAGCAGUGAGAAAGAAGCAACAAAAUUUCCACAUCGGCAUUCAACUGUGAUCAAUGUUAAUGUAGGUGGCAAACUCUUCAUCAUCCCCAAGCUCCUGGCUAUCAAACACCCCAAAACCAGAAUAGGCUCCUUAGCCCUGUGCAAAGAUCCCGUCAGGCAGCUAACGCUCUGUGACGACUACUGUGUCCUUACCAAUGAAUUUUUUUUCGACCGAGAUCCUACUUUCUUCCACUACAUCUUCCACUUCUAUUGUAGCAAUGUAUUGUGGGUAAUGGAGAGUCUGUGUCCCAUCAAUUUUGAGGAGGAGAUGAAGUUCUGGGGUCUACACUUAAGGGACACUCCUCGCUGUUGCCGCAUUCUCUACGAGGAGAAAGUAGAUGAGAUUAAAGAUCAGCUUAAAGUCAACAGGGAGCUCAUGGCUGAAAUCGAGCCUAUGCACAAUGAAGAGGGUUUCGAGACUAUGUUUUUGGGUGGCAUUCGUGAGUGUUUAUGGGACCUGAUGGAGAACCCCUAUUCUUCAAUGGCUGCCAAAGCCUUUGCUGUGUUCUCCAGCCUCUUCGUCCUCAUCUCUAUUGUAGCAAUGACUCUCAACACUGUGAGUGAAUUAAAAAAUUACAAGAUCUACGGAAGAACCUAUAUGGAGUUUGUAGAGAUAACCUCAAUCCUAUUUUUCACCUUUGAGUAUUUCCUCCGACUGCUAACAACUUGUGAUGUCAAGCAUUUUUUGAGGAGUGCACUUAAUUUUGUAGACAUAGUGGCUGUCAUGCCUUACUUUAUCCAGCUGAUAUUCGAGACCUUUGCCAACCAGGAAGAUGUCAACGUCCAAGAUGAUUUGAAGACCAUGGCUAGAGUAAGCAAGGUUAGCAAAGUGCUUAAAGUUGUCAAACUCAUGCGAAUCUUUCGCAUUUUGAAACUGGCAAGGCACUCUACGGGUAUGCGUGCAUUCGGCUUUACUAUUCGACAGUGCUUCGAACAGGUGUGCUGCCUGUUUCUGUUUAUCAUCAUGGGCAUCUUCACAUUCUCUGCCCUAAUGCACUCCGUGGAGCAGGAUGUUGCAGGAACCCCCUUCAGCAGCAUACCAGAUGCCUGGUGGUGGGCAGCGGUGAGCAUCUCCACCGUGGGCUAUGGAGAUGUGGUGCCUAUCUCCUACUCUGGUCGAGUUGUGGCUUUUGGGUGCAUAUCUUUCGGCAUCAUUCUAAAUGGAAUGCCCAUCUCUAUCCUGUUCAAUAAAUUUUCAGACUAUUACGCCAAGCUGAAGGCCCAGGAGUGCACUAACACUAAUGUACAACGUGGCCUGAACCUAAAGAAAAGACUGAAAAGGAAAUUUGAGAGCUGCUUUGAGCCUUCCAUAGAGGAUUCUGAUGAGGACAGUCGACAUCACACCGGACAGUGUCAACAUUAA